UUGUCCCAUCUUUUGUUCAUAUGAGGUUAUUUCUGGUUACGGUUUGACAGCCAUGUCAAUUCGUGGAAGUGACCAUGGCUCUUCUGUCAUAAUCCUCUCAUUUCUGUUUCUCUGACAUUUGCUUUAUCCUCUGAACCACAAAAUAUUUAAAAAUAGCUUUUAAUCUUUAAAAAUGUGAUUAGGAAGUUUGGUUUCCACUGAUUCUCCUGCAUGUUGCAUAAUACGUUCUGCAUGAAGCAUAUGUCUGCAAGUUGCUGAAGAUGCUCAGAUUUACUGAUGGUACACGUUCAUACCCCCAGCAGUUGAGCCAAUCCGGUCAAUGUUAUGUAAGGGAAUGCAGCAGCAGGAUGAAGUGACUGCUAUCAUGCAAACCUGCUUAACAUAUCCAUGUACCGAAGUGGAUGAAAAUCCCUGUUUUGGGAAGGCAUCCAGAACAGACUAGGAUUGCUUCCCAAAUAUGGUUAUGUGAUCAUCGCUUUAAACCCAUAAGCCCUCUCUAAUCAGGAAUAUUCCACGUGUGCUCGCUGUGGGGGUCUGCUGCAGCACGUUUUCAUGCAACGUUUUCAGAUGCACGGCUCUGAGUCGAGCAGAUGCAGAGAGGAAGAUGUCUACCAGCUGCUGCAGGAUGCUUUCCUUGAUGUCUCUGCUGCCUCUUCUGAACGCCACGGCGAGCUUUAGGCCGUGCCCCGGCUCCUGUCUGUGCUACAGAUCUUCUGACUUGGUUGACUGUAGAUCUUCAGGAUUGGACCAAGUCCCUUCAGAUGUUCCCAAAGGAACCUGGCUCCUGGAUCUGAGUGGGAACAAGGUUGAAGAUGUGCACACCCGAUCGUUCAUGGGGUUAUGGGCCCUCCGGAUUCUUUUACUGUCCAACAACAGCAUCCAUACUCUACAUCCACAGGCUCUCUUAUCCCUCCAGUUUUUGGAGAGAUUGGAUUUGAGUUUCAACCGGCUGCGCUCCCUACCUCCAGACUUCACUCAGAGUCUAUCCUCCCUCCAGGAGCUCCGGUUAGACCACAACCUCCUAAAGCACCUGGACUCAGCUUCACUGGAGGACUCUGAUAAUCUGAGGAAACUAGACCUCAGUCACAACCGCAUCCAGUACAUGGAUGUUAGAGCUUUCAAAAGUCUGAGUCGCCUGCGCCUCCUCAAUCUGCAGGGAAACCGUCUAAACGUGCUUAUGAACGGUCUUCUGAGCAGGCAGCAGGCCCUGGAGGUCCUUUUGCUGGGUCACAACAACAUCUCCACCAUCGAGGCCGAAGCUCUAGCUCCCCUGCGCAGCCUCACGCUGCUGGGUCUCCAUGGAAACCAGCUGGAGCACAUCAAGUUUAAGACCUUCCUAAAAUUGCAGACCACCAGCACCCACAUCCAAAUGUCCCGCAACCCGUGGAUCUGCGACUGCGACCUGCAGCGCGUCUUCGGCAAGAUCCAGCAUGUGCGCCACCUGCACGUGGAGGAUUACAAGGACAUCGUUUGCCACGCCCCUCCGCAGCAGGCCGGGAGCCUCCUAGCCUCCAUGGACAGCCAGCUGUGCAUGGCUGAGACGGCCACUGUGCUGGUAAUCACCAUCACGGUGAUGAUUGCAGUGAUCGGCGCUCUCAUCAAAGCUGAGCGCAACCGGAAGAACAAGCAGGCCGCGAGCGAUGCUGAGUCAGCGGAAAAAUGAGGAUCUGUCAGGUCAGGAAGGUCGACUGAAGACACAUACUAGAGCUAUAACCCUUGUGCUAUCUUAGAUGACCCCACCCUUACAUUGACGUGUUCUCCCUACACAAGGGAUAAUAUGUAUUCAUUCACUUAGACACUAGAUAGUAGGUAACAUUUGACACUAUAUUAACUAUAAGAGUAUUAAUAUCCGUUCUCAGGCCUAAAACAAGAUUUUUUUUAUUGCCAGAAGCAGAAUUAAUUUUUUUUUAAAACGGCUAAUUUCCAAAAAUUCGUUUAAUAUCACUAUUGAUAUACCCAAAAGACCUCACUGUGUCAAACUUGGCUACCUUUUGUAUUUUUAGAUAUUUAUUGAUUACCUUUAACCCUUGUUCUAUCUUAGAUGACCCCACCCUUGCAUUGACGUGUUCUCCCUAC